AUGGCAACGCCACCAUCCCCGGCUCCGGCCUCGGCUUCGGAAUUGGCCCGAACGACUUCGGCCCUUCGUCCUGCAACACCAAAGCCAGCGCAAAAGAAGGUCGAUGCCAUCAAGUAUCCCUUCUGGUUUGGUGGCAGUGCUUCCAGUUUGGCAGCAUGUGUCACACAUCCGUUGGAUUUAGGUGAGCUCCUUGAGAGGACUCCGGCGGUUCGCUUACAGACGCGAACGGGUGAUAUGCCAAAGAGCAUGAGCGGCACUUUUGUUCAUGUCGCCCGCCACAACGGCGUGACGGGUCUCUACGCAGGCCUGUCUGCGUCUCUUCUUCGCCAGCUAACCUAUUCGACAACUCGGUUUGGCGUCUACGAAGAGGUAAAGUCACGGCUGACGGAAAGGAACGGUGGCCGACAGCCUUCCUUCCCGACUCUGGUUGCCAUCUCUGCCGCAUCAGGAUUCCUUGGUGGCAUUUCUGGAAAUGCAGCCGACGUCCUGAACGUGAGGAUGCAGCACGACGCCGCUCUCCCAGUGAAGCAACGAAGGAAUUACAAACACGCCUUCGACGGCAUGAUCAGGAUGCUGAGAGAAGAAGGCGGCAUCAGGAGCUGGUUUCGGGGCGUACUGCCCAACAGUCUUCGGGCGGCAGCAAUGACGGCGUCCCAGCUAGCAUCCUAUGACACGUUCAAAAAGCUACUUAUCAAUCACACGCCGUUGGCAGACAACCUGUCCACUCACUUCACCGCUAGCUUCCUGGCCGGCGUGACCGCAGCCACUGUCACAAGCCCUGUCGAUGUCAUCAAGACACGCGUCAUGUCGUCCACCAGCGCUACGUCCAGCAUACCAAAGUUGGUGAUGGAUAUCUAUGCCGCAGAGGGAAUGGGCUGGAUGUUCAAGGGCUGGGCAGACAAUUUGUACCUUCCUCUUCUUGGAGGCCCACCGGAAGAUGUACCGCAGAGCCAAACUAAUAGAGGAGCCAUUAUAAUAUGGCAUUUGAACCUCUCAUUGAAGAGGGCGAAGAAGGGGAGCUAA